AUGUCGUUAACAUUGGAUUUAAAAUAUUUAGUUGGUUUAACUGGGAAAGGUGAUCGUCGAAUUAAAGCUUUAUUUCGAGAGGCUAAAUUGAAUUCAAGAAUAGCUACUGGACAUGAUAGUGUGUAUUUUGGACAACGUCUAAGUUGGCCAGUUAGUCGUUCAUUAGAUGAUAAAGAUGUACUGAUUUUAAAAGCAUAUCAAAUAAGAAAAGGUUUACCAGAUAGUUUACUGGGAUCUUUAUCAAUCAAUCUUUAUCCACUAACUCGUGAUGUACAUUCAAUAUUUCGUGAAAAUCUUGUCAAUAGUUCAAAUCAUCCAACUGGGAUAUUGUUAUUAUUUGAAUUACGUUAUCAGUCACCUGAUAGUACACAUGGUGUCCUUGAAGAUGAUCUUGUGAAUUAUCCUCUGGCAGAUACAGAAUAUGAACUAGAAAAUGCUGAAUAUGAAAUUAAUCAAGAUCAACCACCACCUUUAACUUCAUAUGUUGAUUUGGAUGAUGAUUUAAAUUUGAUGAUCGAUCGAGAACUAGUUCUUGUUGAAGGUGAAGAUUGGGAGGCUGGCAGUCAAUUAUCUGCACCGGAACGAAAAGAUCCGCGUAUUGCAUCAAUGCUUGGUCCAACAAUCUACAAAUCUAAUCAAUUUCAGCUUGGAAUUAAUGUAGUCGAAGCUAGAAAACUAGUUGGAACUAAUAUUAACCCAAUGAUUACAGUGACCGUUGGAAAAUCUGUACAGAAAACAGUUACUAAAUAUUCAACGAAUUGUCCAUUUUAUGAUAAUUAUUUUGCAUUUGAUUUUUCUCGACCUAAAAUUAGUGUACUAACUGAAGUCAUUCGUAUUCGAGUAUUUAAUAUGCGAUCUCAUCCAUUAGCACGUCUAUUACCUGGUAAAUUGGUUGGUGAAUUUGUUACAGAUGUACAAACAGUUUACAAUGAAAAAGAUCAUGCAGUAUUGAAUAAAUGGGCAGUAAUGAUCGAUCCCCGAGAUCCAUGGAAAGGUCCUACAGGUUAUGUAAAAGUUGAUAUGCAUGUCAUAGAAGAAGGGCAUCAAGUUAAAAGAAUUCGAAGAGAAAGAUCUGAUCAUGAUGAGAUCAUUGAAAAUCAUUUAUUAUUACCACGUUUUACUGGUAUGACACAAAAACGUAUUAUGCUAUCAAUGAAAGUUAGCAUAUAUCAAGCUGAAGAUCUUCCACCAAUGAAUACAGAAAUAAGUAAUAAAAUUCGUAAAGCAUUUGUUGGUGAAAAUACACCAAAUCUUGAUUCCUACGUUGAAAUAUCUUAUGCUGGACAUACAGCAAGAACUAAAACAGAACGAUACAGUUAUAAUCCAAUAUGGAAUGAAACAAUAGAAUUUUGUGAUUAUUUUCCCUCAUUCACACGAACUAUUCGAAUUAAUGUAAGAAAUGGUGGAAUCAAAGGUGAAUUGAUUGCUACACGUUUAAUUGAUAUACGUGAUAUUAUGUGUCAUAUAACUGGACGCAAUUUCCCAAAUUUUGGACCAUCAUGGAUUAAUCUUUACGGAACUCCACGUAUUUAUACAUAUGCACAAAUGUUACAACCAGAAGUUGAAUUGAAUCAAGCAUUAGGAGAAGGAGUUGCUUAUCGUGGUCGUCUACUUGUAGCUAUACGUUCAAUGGAAGAUGAAGAUGUUGUUCGAAUCGGUACUAGUAAAUAUGUUGCUAGUCCUGUUUCCGAGACUGUAGCUGGAAAGAAAAGUCUAUACUUUUUAUUUGCUUGUUUCUCUGAUGCAAGUGUCAUUGAAAAAUCACUAGGUGUUGCAAAUAAACCAAUUUCUUAUGAAAUGAGUUUUGGUCUAUAUGGUAACCAGUUGGAUGGAAAACGAGGUGGAGUUGAACCACAAACCAUAGAACUUGCACAACCAAAUGAUACACGAGAACGAGUAGAUUGGUGCUAUUCCACAACACCACCAAUGACUCCAACCACAGAUGAUAAAGAAUAUUAUUAUUUAAAUUUUGGCAAUAGAAAACCUUGUUUAUAUUUAACCGGUUAUUAUGAAGAUCAUCGUUCGAGAAUGUGUAUACCAAAUAUUUUAGAGAAAUUAAGUGAUGAAUUUUAUUAUCAAAUACAACGUGUGAAACAUUUAUUUAUACGAAGAAAAAUUACCGACGCUAAAAAAUAUCUACGUACUGUAUUUUUAACAAUGGCAAAAAAAUUUAGUUUAGCCCAAGAAUCUAUUCGAUCAUGUCGUGAUACAGCUAGUACAACAUUACUUGAUCGAGAAUAUUCACGAAGAAUACGAAGGGAUCUAAGAAGAAUGGCUUAUUUGAUGGUGAAUUUAUCAAAACAAGUACAUCGUAAUACAUUAGGUGAAAAAAUUAAAGAUGCCAAUGGAUUACAUAGUCGUUUGUGUAAUUUAAGUAAUUGUCCACAAGACGGUUUACCAGAUGUGUUUAUUUCAAUGAUUAUGGAACAUCAAAGAGUUGGUUUUGUGAGAAUUCCAGCACGUGAUAUUUAUUAUUCAGCUGUUGAUUGUGAACGAGGCAAAUGGAGUGGACAAAUUGCAACGCUGUACUUACGUAAACAAGGUCGUGAAGGUGUUGGACCAAAAGGAUGGAAAAUUCAAAGUCAAAUACGUGUAUAUUUAUGGCUUGGUUUAAUUAAAGAUUUUACUGCUUACACAUAUGGUCUACCUGGUGGAUAUGAUAAGAAUAUAUUUAGAACACCAAAACCACCAAAUGAAAUUGUUUAUCUAGAAAGUAGUCGUUUUCAGCUGAGAUGUUAUAUAUUCAUUGCACGUGAUCUAAUACCCUCAGAUUCAUCGGGUAUGUCAGAUCCAAUGGCUAGAAUAUUGAUUGGGUCACAUGUUCUACAAACACAAGCAUUAUAUCAAACAAUGAGUCCAAUGUGGGAUGUUCUGCUGUAUAAACAAGUAACAUUUUAUCAAAAUGCUAAAUCAGUAAAACAAAAUCUACAAGAAGUGAUAGUUGAAAUAUUUGAUAUUGAUCCAGGAAGUGGUUUGGAAUUUAUGGGACGUUGUUUUUGUGAAGUAAAUGUUACUUUAGAUGGUGAAAAGUAUAAACCACCACGUUUACAAUGGUGGCCUGUAUUUCGUGGUCAAACUCCGGGUGGUGAAUUACUUGCUGCAUUCGAUCUCAUUCAGGAUGAUCCUCAAAUACCAUUUGAAAAUCUACCAACAUUUGAACAAUUGGCUGCUUAUACAAAAGAAUUUGAUGAUCGUGUUAUUUUAAAAAGUAUACCAGGCAUGUAUUUAGACGACGAGGAUGAUUUAAACAAAGAUUCCGAUGAUGAUGAUGAUGAUCAUGGUGAUUUAGAUGAUGAAAUGAAUACAGUGGAUGGAUUUGACGAUUUAAUCUUUGAUGCUGAUUCUAUGUUAUUAUUAGAAAGUUCUGAAGAUUUUCAUUUAAAUAAUGUUCGAAGAAAACAAAUCAAAAUAGGUAUGGCACCGCCAAAACUUGUUUUAGUUCGACGUAAAGGUGAUUAUCGUAUACCGGAUAAUAUUCGACCACCAUUACAACGAUUUCGAAUGGAAGUUAUGUUUUGGAGUGUAUGGGGUAUGGUACGACAACAUUUAUUACCAGUGAAACGACCACGUGUAGUAGUUGAAAUUGGUGGACAUAAAUUAGAAUCGGAAAUUAUUAAUGAUUUAUCAAAAAUGCCACUUUUUGAUACUCCACUAAAAGCAAUGGAUGUGUAUUUACCAGUGGAUGAACGUUAUUGGCCACCGUUAGUUUUUACAUGUUUUGAUAAUCGUAUACUUGGUACAAAGAUCACUGUUGGCAGUCAUACAAUUUCUAAUGCACGUGACUAUUUAGUAUUUGAUAUGGACAAUCAAUUAUCAGACAAUGCAAGUACCAUAUACAUGGAUAGUGAAUCCGAUGGUCCAGGGAAGCUGAAUUUUGGUUUUGGGAAAGGUAAUACUUAUCAACUCAAUGAGAAUGGACCAAGUUUAGACAUGUUAACAACAGCAACGACGACGACACCGGCACUGCCAUUAUCAUCUUCAUCAUUAUUACCAAUUCAGCCAAAUGAGAAUGAAUUUGAUCGGAAAACAACAAUUGAAACAACUGGUUUAUCCACAGUGGAUUUAUUAGCUGAUAUGAAUCCGAAUUUUCAAAAAUAUUCUCUACAAUAUAAAUUACCAGAUAAUGCUGGUGAUUUAGAUUUGCUAUCAAUAGAUGGUGAUAAUUUUGGUCAAAUUGGUAUGGAUAAGAAACCGAGUGAAGUAUUACCUGGUCAAGCUCAUCUUGUUACAACACACUCUGGUCCAACACCUGAACAAUUAGCUACAGCUGAUUGGUGGACUCGAUUUUAUGUGACUAUACGAAGUGGUGAAACGAAUUUCGAUGAUUCUCGAUAUAAAGGUGAAGUUAAUCCACUCACUGAAUCAGAAGAUAGUGAUAUUGAAGAGAAACUUGAGAAGAUCGAUGUAAAAUCGGAGAAAGACUCGGAAGAGGAAAUCGAUACAAUGACUGGAACAAAACCGAAUUAUUUAAAUUAUAAACUGAAAAAGAAAUGCUGGCAAAGAACUAAAAAGGCGGAGAAGAAAAAACUUACCGCUUUAGAAAAGCGUCAGCUGGAAAUUGCUCGACGUAGAGCUAAAAUUGAACGAAGAAAAAAAACGAAAAAAAAUUUAAAAGCUAAAAUUAAAGCAAGAUUUAUUGAUUCAAAAGGAUUAUUUUUAAAAGAAUUUAUUGAUUUAAACUAUGAUAUUGAAACUCAAGAAGAUCAAAGUUGGGUAGAAACAAUAUUAGUGUAUCCUGUGGCACUUGAAGAAGUUCCUGAUUUUAAUGGUUUCAAUACACCUUUUCUAAAUCUUCCAUUUUACAAAGGAAAACAAUUAGAAGAUCAUGCAUCUGAAAGUCGUAUUACAGGAUUUUUCAAGGGUAAUUUAGUUAUUUAUCCAGUGAAUGAUGAUGAACCAUUACCAACAGAAAUGUCACAAUUAAAAUUAUAUAAAACAUUACCAAUUAAAGCCAAAUACAAAUUAACUGUACGAUUAUAUGUUAUACGAGCAAUUAAAUUACAUCCAACUGAUCCAAAUGGUAAAUCUGAUCCGUAUUUAAUUGUAUCAUUGGGUAAAAGUGUCAUUAAUGAUCGUGAUGAUUAUAAACCGAAAACAUUAAAUCCAAUAUUUGGUAAAUAUUAUGAAUUUGUAGCACAUUUACCAAUGGAUUCUUUGCUGAGUAUACAAGUUAUGGAUCAUGAAAGAGUUGGAGCGGACACAUUAAUUGGUGAAACACAUAUUGAUAUUGAAAAUCGUUUUCAUAGUGCUCAUCGAGCUACUUGUGGACUAAUGCCAAAAUAUUAUGCCCAUGGUUAUUGUCAAUGGAAAGAUAGUCAACAACCAACAGAAAUUCUAGCUAAAUUAUGUGAAAAAUAUGGUAUUGAACAACCUGUUUAUAAUAUAUUGGAGAAUAAAAUUACAAUAGGCAAUGAAUCAUUCUUUGCAAAUACAGAAAUUCGAAAUGAAACUGGUAAGUUGAAAAUUAUUUUGAAUUUUAAAUUUUAUAUUACUAACAAGUAG